AAGAGCUGGCGCACACGAUGGGCCUUACAUAACGCGGGCGCCCGCCGCUGAUGCCCGGGCUGCAGGCCACGCGCGCCCAUGUGCGGACUAAGCUUUAGGACCAGAAACAGUCCGUCGCAGAAAACCUCGCUCCGAUGGGGCGACUGCUGCCCGCAGGCUCCCAGUGACGUCCCGUGCAUAGUGACGACAGUGGUAUUUAUAUAAAUAUAUUUUUGAUCGUACGUGUUUAUAUCGGAUGAUAUUCCAAAAUGGACGUGACUGUAGUGCGGUGUGUGUGAAUUAAGGAGCUUAUACAUAUAGAGGACCGACGAGGGAUAUAUUCUGAGCGAGGACAAAUAAAUCAUCCAAGAUGAUCAACAUAGCGGGGGUGAUCUCGAUCAUCCUGUUCUACGUGCUGAUCCUGGCCGUGGGCAUCUGGGCCGGCCGCAAGAAGCCGCCGGGCAACGACUCGGAGGAGGAGGUGAUGCUGGCCGGCCGCUCCAUCGGCCUCUUCGUCGGCAUCUUCACCAUGACUGCGACGUGGGUGGGCGGCGGCUACAUCAACGGCACGGCGGAGGCCAUCUACACCUCGGGUCUGGUGUGGUGCCAGGCCCCCUUCGGCUACGCGCUCUCGCUGGUCUUCGGCGGGAUCUUCUUCGCGAACCCGAUGCGGCGGCAGGGCUACAUCACGAUGCUGGACCCGCUGCAGGACUCGUUCGGCAGCCGCAUGGGCGGGCUGCUGUUCCUGCCCGCCCUGUGCGGCGAGGUGUUCUGGGCGGCCGGCAUCCUGGCGGCGCUCGGCGCCACACUGGCCGUGAUCAUCGACAUGGACCACCGCACGUCCGUGAUCUUCAGCGCGUGCGUUGCCGUGUUCUACACGCUGUUCGGCGGGCUGUACUCCGUGGCGUACACGGACGUGAUCCAGCUGUUCUGCAUCUUCCUGGGGCUGUGGAUGUGCAUCCCCUUCGCCUGGGCCAACCCGCACGUCAAGCCGCUCGGCUCUAUGGAGGUGGACUGGAUCGGGAAGGUCGAUCCGGAGUAUUACUGGUUCUACGUGGAUUAUGGACUGUUGCUGAUCUUUGGAGGAAUCCCGUGGCAGGUAUACUUCCAGCGCGUGCUGAGCAGCAAGACGGCGGGGCGCGCGCAGGUGCUGUCGUACGUGGCCGCCAUCGGCUGCAUCUUCAUGGCCAUCCCGCCCGUGCUCAUCGGCGCCAUCGCCAAGGCCACUGCGUGGAACGAGACGGAGUACACGGGCGCGCUGACGCCGGACGGCGAGCUGACGCCGGAGCAGACGUCCAUGAUCCUGCCGCUGGUGCUGCAGCACCUGACGCCGGACUUCGUGUCGUUCUUCGGGCUCGGCGCCGUGUCCGCUGCUGUCAUGUCAUCAGCUGACUCUAGCGUGCUCAGCGCCUCCUCCAUGUUCGCGAGGAACGUGUACAAGCUGAUCUUCCGGCAGAACGCGUCGGAGAUGGAGAUCAUCUGGGUGAUGCGCGUGUCCAUCCUCGUGGUGGGCUUCCUGGCCACGCUCAUGGCGCUCACCAUCCCCUCCAUCUACGGGCUCUGGUCGAUGUGCUCGGACCUGGUGUACGUGAUCCUGUUCCCGCAACUGCUGAUGGUGGUGCACUUCAAGAAGUACUGCAACACGUACGGCUCGCUGGCCGCGUACGUCGUGGCGCUGCUGGUGCGCAUGUCGGGCGGCGAGAAGAUGCUCGGCCUGCCCGCGCUCAUCCACUACCCCGGCUGGGACCCCGUCAACGAGGUGCAGCUGUUCCCGUUCCGCACCAUGGCCAUGGUGCUGUCGCUGUUCACGCUCGCCUUCAUCUCCUGGCUGUCCGUGUACCUCUUCAACUCCGGCUACCUGAGUCCCGAGUCGGACUACUUCAACUGCGUCGUCAACAUCCCCGAAGACAUCCGCCGCGUGGACGAGCCUUCCGAGGCGGGCGAGCAGAUGUCAGUGCUGGGCGGCGUGCCGGGCCGGCUGUACGGCGCGGCGUCCACGCUGGCCGGGCCCGACGAGAGCAGCGGCCGCGUCAACCCCGCGCUGGAGCCUGACGACGACCUGGACGACCCCAACGACGGGCCCACGCCGCUCUUCGGCUCCAGCAACGCCCCGCCGCCGGUCCAGCCCUUCGGCAAGCAGACGGCUUUCUGAGAUAUGCAUAACUAUUAGACCGUUUUCAGCGGGUGGGGCGCAGCCAGACGUGUUCAAAAUUAGAUCGAUUUUAUUUGCUAAUGUUCGCGCAUCUUCAUUCCAGAAGUAGAGGGGUCGAACUACAGAAUCCGACUCUACCUUAUUAAUUUAAAUAUGUUUCACAGAUUUCAAGGUAAGUAACAUAUUAUCAAACAAUGUGAAGCAGAUAAAAACAGUUUAACAAUUUUGGAGUCUAUAGGUAGAGUCCAUUGGUACCUGGAUUAGGACCCUGAUACUAUUUUGUUAUUUUCGAGCAUGAUAUGCCGAAAGACACUUUCAAGAGUUUUAUUAUAUCAAAGUUUACAAGAUCUAAGUAAAUGUUGCGUUUAAGUUUAUUGUGUAAAAUGAGUGUGGGUAAACAUGCGAUGCCCAUUGCUAAAUCUCUGUUUGACUUCACAUCAGAGGUCAAGCGGUAAUGAUAAAUUAAUACAAGGCUAGACAUAGGUUUUCUUUCCAAAUAUUAGCCAUUUUGCAACAGUUGCGUAACUGAGCAGCUCCGUCUGGCCGGGCCCCAGCUGGUAGGCUCGUGAGCACAAGGAGGCAUAUUUUAUGACGAUUUUACUGUCCGCGCAGACUUCGACUUCGAAUCGACCACAUUUCUAAACUACAUCGAAAUGGGGAACCGUUUGAUCUUCAGUAUUUUUCGAAUUAGAAUGUAUGCUCAAAGUUAUGACAUAUCGCCGUAUCUUCCGAACUCACUUUGUAAGUUUACGUAGCGCUACGAGUAGUGCACAGCCUCAGCUACUCCGCUGACGACUUCUGUAUUUUGUCUGUCUUCCUCACUCCUGCGUGAGUGAGAGAGCCCGACGUGCGGAGCAGACCCUGGACGUGGACCGCACGAGACCGACCGCAGCGAAUGUAUGUAGCAGGUAAGAAGAAGCAAUAGACUAUGUUCUUAGUGGAUGUGUAAUGAUUAAGUGAGUUAUUUUGUAGCUAAUUGUAUAAAAGCAACUGAUACAUAUCAUAAAAAGUCUUAGUUCGUUGUUAGAAGAGAUUUUAUAAAUUAUAUUGUUUAUAUUGAAGAAGAUUCCUUAUUUAAGUCAAUUAAAGUAGAGAAUUGAGAGCACAUAAUAUGUUGCGUGCUUCAUAGGUCAUGAGACAAGUGUAUGUGCGUCGUAGAACUAUCACAUAAUAUAUUGACUACACGUGACCAAAGUAAUAUUCGAAUGUAUCUAUCUGUACGUUGAAUGAUUGAAAUAUAUAUGGACAUGAACAUAUCGCUUGCAAAGCAAAUAUUAGUAGAGUAAUGGAUUUAAUAUCGUUGAUUUAUGAAUACGAUCGAAUAUUUGUGACUAUUGUCUUUGUUUUAAGUUUCUAAGCGCCGCUGUACAAGCGGUCAUAUACGUAAUUUUUUUAGAAUAGUCAGUGCGAUUUAGUGGCUGUAAUUCUGUAUAAGCAAAGCUUAAAAGACAUAAUUUAUUUAUAUAGAAAUUCAUUUUUAUAUUGUUUUUAUUAUAUAUUUUAGCUAUAAGGUUCUCAGCUUCGUUAACAUAUUGAUAAGAUCGAUGGGCAUUUAUGAGGUGGAUUCGCAUCAUCGGCCAAAAUUGACAAGAUUAACGUUGUUGAAAAUGAUGAUAUAGCAAUAUCACACAACCGUCUACUUGUCAGGCUCGAACUGAAAAAAAUAAUCAUCAUCACCAUCCUUUCAGCCAAAGGCAGUGCACAGCUGGACGUAAACCUCCGCUGUAAGUAACACUUAUAAAAGCACGAUCUCCUGCAAUUGUUUAAAUUCAGACAAUUGUGGCUUUGUUCAAUUUAGACGGCCUAAUACAGUUGCAUUACUUCGUGAAAUAUCUUUAAGAAGAUAUAGCUUGUAACAUGUGGUGACAUGUACUCAAAAUAUAAUGGCUUUGAUAGUGCGAAUCCACUUUUUUAUAUAGGAACUUAUUGUAAUCGGUGUUCAGUAUAUCCCUUCCCGUGGGCGCCGCCCGCCCGGCGCAGCCGCCGCUCGGCCGAGCUCUGCGCCCGGUGUUUCGAUCAGUGUUUGUAAUCGAUGUUCGUCACUAUUUUGACGCUUUUUAAAUGUAUUUCCUAUUUGAUCACAGUGUACGCUAAGUUCUCAUCUGAUCUUGGAGUUAUAUAGGUGUAAAUAAAGGGUCAUAAAGACUUAGCUGCUGUUAAAAUGCUGUUGGGUUUAUAACUUCGCUUACUGCAGAAUACGGUAUCGAGGUCACAAUAACACUCCCUGUAAGGGUUUCUGCGUAAUCUGCGAAAACUCCCGCUAAGUCUGCUUGAUCCUUAUUCUAUCGGCUUUCAGAAAUUGUUUUACUAAAGAUUUAUUAUCGUAGGUGUUACACCUACGUAUCAAAUUAUAUACCUAAAUAUUGGAGAUGUAUUUAUAACUUUAUUUUUGCGCAAUUUCCAAUGUGAUACCAAAUUAUAUGAUGACCUUUCUAUACUAGCGGUGAUAGUCGCCCGAGUGUAACUAUAUUAUUAUACUGUAUGCUAAGACUACAAAUACGAUACAUAUCAUGUCUGCGUGAUUAAAUAUACCUAUACAUAUUAUAUAAAUAAAUAUACAUAUCAUAGAUAUUUAGUGUGGAACGAAACAUAUCAAUAUUUGUAAGAGUAGAAUAGGAUCGUUGUUGUUCUUUCGGCCCCGUUUUCUAAUACUCGUGCGCUUGUUAGUUGAUUGUGAUUUUAUAGCUACGUACUUUACAGUAGCAGUUAGCAUUACUGGCACUGCUUUAAAGGGCGAUUAACGCACUUUAAUAUUCAUACAGAUACGUCAGUCUACAGUAUACCCCGAAAAUAUGAUCAACUUUGAUGAUAGAGCCAAUAAUAAACUACGAUUAAUACCUAUAUUAAUACCUAAUAAGAUACCAUCUUCUAUGUCAUACCCAAUACUCGUAUAAUAUAGCCUUUUCGCUUGAUCCAUCUAAGUAUUGUAGCAAAGAUGAUAAUAUAAUAUAAAUACUUAUAUUUUUAUUGCUAGAACGUCGUCCUUUAAAGUUACCGGUAUACUCGGUAUCUGAGCAACGAGAACCAUAAAUAGAUACCGAUUUACAUACAUAUUUAUUAAUAUCCCACGAAUUGUAGAGAUCGUAUGAAUAUAUGAAUAAAUACGAUCGUCAAGCUUUUCAGAUUAUACCCUCACUGUAGCUGUAAAAAGUAUCCGUCCCACGCAUUUUCACUUGUGUGGUUUCCUAUGCUUUUAUUUGUGUUAUGUUGGUCUUUAGACAAGUAGGAAUAUUUGAUAUUUUUACUAAGAUGAGUUUAAAGUAAUGAUGAAUUGCGGUAUUAGGAAACGCUGGGCCCACUGUUAGUUAUUAGAUAUACCUACUAUUUAUUGACUUAUUCCUAGUUCUUGUUGAAUAUUUUGAAAAUGUGAAAAAAAUGUGUAAUGUUGUGAACUCUGCCGCCGCUCCUGCGACAUAAUAAAAAUAUAGUACGUUGA